GUCUGAGCUUCCUGAGGUCUCAUUGCGGAUGAGCAAGGAUAGAGUAAAUUUUCGGGAAACUCACUGAGACCAGGGCCAUGUCGUCGGGUUCGUAGCUAAGUUCUCUUUGAUUUAUCUGCAGAAGGAUCCGAAAGACAGACCUGCGCCUGCGACUCUCUACGUUGUCUUACUUUCAAUUUGUCUCGUCUGUUGUCCUACUCCAACUACAAUGUCCAUCUACUCUUCAGCCCCCAAUGGGGCAAGCGAGAAAGGUAUCGAGUCCGUCAAGCCGGAGCCAACCUUUGAGAGAUUCGAGACGGUCAAUCAUGGGCCUCGAUUCACUGCCCCAAGGCCGCUUCCUACAGCAGCAACCUCACUUCCGAUCGGAGCUUUCUCUACAACCUUGACGACGCUUUCCCUGAGUCUAAUGGAGUGGCGAGGAGUGACAACAACUAAUGUCUAUAUUGCAAACUUCUUUUUUCUAGCUGCCUUUGGCCUAGUUAUAUCUGCGCAGUGGGAGCUUACAGGAGGAAACGGCUUCGGUUACAGUGUCUUCAGUGCUUUCGGCCUCUUUUACGCAGGUUACGGUGCCAUCUUGACUCCCUCUUUUGGGGUCGCAGCAGCAUAUGGCGAUGACACGAAGCAGUUGAACAAUGCUCUCGGACUUUUUAUGAUGAUUUGGAGUGUUUUUGUCCUCGCCUACCUCGUCGCUACCAUACCGACCAAUAUUGUUUACAUCCUGAUCUUCAUCUUCGUUGAGCUAUGCUUCGUCCUAGUUGCUGCUAGCUACUUUGCUGCUGCCGAUGGCCAUCAGAGCGCUUCGAUUGGAUUGAAGAAGAGCGGUGGCGUUUUCGCGUUCCUCGCUGGGCUUGUUGGAUGGUACCUGACCUUCCACCUCUUGCUGAAAGACUCUUUGGUAGAGUUACCACUGGGUAAUACUUCUCAGUACUUCCCCAAGACUCGCAAGAAGACCGAAUAGCUUGCCAAAUUGAGGCAACAGUACAAUUUAUUGAUAGACUUGAUGCAUUGGGCACAGAGCUAUGCUGGAUUCUCGAGAAUUAAGGGCGAAAGUUGCUUGCGUAGAUGAAAGAGGACACUAAUUCUAGCCGGUAUUGUAUCAAAGUGAUAGAGACUGAAUUGAAUAGAAUGUGGGCUAGACAUUAUCUAAUCGC